AAAACUCUUAAACCCUAAACCCUGCUCUGCUGUCUGCUCUCUGCUGUCUGCUCUCGUCCAUCAUUUUCAAUAGGCAUGGCGUCCAAGAUGAACAGAGCCAACCCGCUUCUCGCCAACCUUCCACACUUCCUCACAUGGCGACCCCUCGGCUUCCGCACCAUUUGCAUGGGCCGCCUCGGUUUUGCCACUCAGUCUCAGCUGGACCCAGACCCCCCCACGCCAGUCGCGGGCACGAAGGUUCUGGAUAUCGCUCAAGAGGAGUUCGAGAUUGGAUCACGCUUGAUUACUCUAGAGACAGGAAAGAUCGCUCGCUUCGCUAAUGGUGCCGUGAUUUUGGGCAUGGACGAGACCAAAGUCUUAUCGACUGUCGCCGCGGCCAAAGGGGACGCUGUUCGUGAUUUCUUGCCCCUCACUGUUGAUUAUCAAGAAAAGCAAUAUGCCCAAGGUGUUAUCCCAAACACGUUCAUGCGGAGGGAGGGUGCUCCAAAAGAACGUGAACUUUUAUGUGGCCGUCUUAUUGAUCGACCCAUACGACCACUAUUUCCUUCUGGAUUCUACCAUGAGGUUCAGGUAAUGGCAAGUGUGCUUUCUUCUGAUGGAAAACAAGAUCCAGAUGUAAUGGCAGCUAAUGCGACAUCUGCUGCUCUUAUGUUAUCAGAUAUACCUUGGGGUGGCCCCAUUGGUAUGAUACGAAUAGGGAGGAUUUCUGGGAAAUUUAUUAUUAACCCAACCAUGGAUGAGCUUAGCUUAAGUGAUCUUAAUUUAGUAUAUGCCUGUACAAAGGACAAAACCUUAAUGAUUGAUGUGCAAGCUCGUGAGAUCUCAGAGAAAGAUCUAGAUGCUGGGUUAAGGCUGGCUCAUCCCGAGGCGGUGAAAUAUCUUGAACCCCAAAUCAGACUGGCUGCUAAAGCUGGUAAGUGUAAGAAAGAAUAUAAACUGUCUAUGAUAUCAGAUAGAACGUUGGAGAAAGUUAGAAACUUGGCAGAAGCGCCUAUAGAGUCUGUUUUUACUGAUCCCUCAUAUGGCAAGUUUGAACGUGGUGAGGCUUUAGAAAAGAUUACGCAAGAUGUAAAGAGAGCACUUGAAGAAGAAUUUGAUGAAGAAAGCUUGAAAGUCUUACCCAAGGCAGUAGACACAGUGAGGAAAAAGGUUGUACGCAGAAGGAUUAUAAAUGAAGGAUUUAGAGUUGAUGGGAGACGUCUAGAUGAAGUGAGACCUUUGUAUUGCGAAGCUGGUAGUCUUCCUAUAUUGCAUGGAUCAUCAAUUUUUUCUCGUGGAGAUACUCAGGUUCUCUGUACUGUAACACUUGGAGCGCCUGGAGAUGCUCAACGCUUGGAGUCCAUUGUUGGUCCCCCAACAAAGCGCUUCAUGCUUCACUAUAGUUUUCCGCCAUUCUCAAUAAACGAAGUCGGAAAACGAGUUGGCCUGAACAGGCGUGAAGUUGGGCAUGGAACUCUUGCUGAGAAAGCUCUGCUUGCUGUGUUACCUCCUGAAGACGACUUUCCCUAUACAGUCCGUGUCAACUCAGAGGUCAUGGCCUCAGAUGGCUCAACCUCAAUGGCGACUGUUUGUGGAGGCAGCAUGGCGUUGAUGGAUGCUGGCAUUCCAUUACGUGAACAUGUAGCUGGUAUUUCAGUGGGUCUUGUUAGUGAAGUUGAUCUAUCGACUGGAACAAUUAAGGAUUAUCGUAUAUUGACUGAUAUUUUGGGCCUCGAAGAUCAUCUCGGAGACAUGGACUUCAAAAUUGCUGGCACACGAAAAGGAAUUACAUCAAUUCAGUUAGAUAUAAAACCUGCUGGAAUUCCUUUAGAUAUCAUUUGUGAGUGUUUAGAGCCUGCACUUAAAGGUCGUCUUCAAAUCCUUGACCGUAUGGAUCAAGAGAUCAAAGUACCGCGUACUCAGGAUGACAGGAAUUCUCCUCGAUUAGCCACCUUGAAAUUCAGUAAUGAUGCCAUACGUCGCUUGAUUGGGCCUCUAGGAGUUUUAAAGAGAAAGAUUGAAGAGGAAACAGGUGCACGAAUCUCUGUAAGUGAUGGAUCACUUACCAUAGUUGCUAAGAAUCAUGCUGUCAUGGAAAAAGUACUAGAAAAGGUUGAUUUUAUUGUCGGACGUGAGAUUGAAAUCGGAGGGAUCUAUAAAGGUAUUGUAUCUUCAGUAAAAGAAUAUGGUGCAUUUGUGGAGUUUAAUGGUGGUCAGCAAGGCCUUCUGCACAUUUCUGAGUUGUCACAUGAACCGGUAUCUCGGGUUUCAGAUGUGGUAUCUGUUGGCCAACAACUUUCUUUGAUGUGCAUCGGUCAGGAUGUUCGUGGCAACAUUAAAUUAUCCCUUAAAGCAACUUUACCUAGACCUGGAUCUGACACAAAUAAUGUGGUCGAAGAAUCUGUUCCACCAGUGAAAGAAGAACCCAAUAUUUGGGCAUCAGUUGGGGAAGUCUCUGACGAACAAGAAAAGCAGAGCUCCCUGUCAGAGGACUACAAAAUGAGGGAGGUUAACCCCUCUACUUCAGUACCACCGGUUCUAAUUCGAAGUGCUGCAGAGUGUGACGAGGAGGAAAAAGCUGCUGCUUCGAGUCAGAAUGCCAAGAGUACCACUAGUCCUGGUGGUGCUCCAAAACCAAGUCGUUCUGACUGUGGUGUCUUUCCAGUGAAGAAUAUUAAGAAGUCAAAACGGGUCUUGCAAAAGGAUGGAGAGAAAGAAUCCAUUUCUAUCCUCAGAAGUGAGGAUGGAGAUGCUGAUAAGGAGGAUGAAUUUGAGGCUUCUAUAAGUGUGAAAAAUCUGAAGAUUGGAACGAAAUUAAUUGCUAAGGUUUAUCAAAUUCGUGCACGUGGGUUGGUCCUUGAUUUGGGUGGAGGACUUCGUGCAAUGUAUCGGUUUGAGAUUAAUGAAAAGAGAGACUUUGUGGUAGGUGAGGAGAUACGAGUUGAGUGUUCAAGCUUUUCUAGUAAAGGAAUCCCAGUAGUCUCGUUGGUGGAUGAUCAAUAAUAUUGUAUCGACAAUUCUUUUAUGAGAUCGGAGCUGCAAGAUGAUUUAUCUUUUAAGAAAUUCUCGCAGAAGCUGGAAAUGUAAAGAAAUUGGCCAAAAUUUUGCUGGAUAGGAAAGUGCAAGUGAAAUGACGUUGUAUAUAUGUUCACAUAAUCUGCUGGGGAAGGGAUCGAGCAAGAGUUUGUGACCUGCAUGAUCCGUGAGAAUAUCAUGAGUGCUGGCGCUCGGCUCAAGAUCAGUUCUACAUUAAGCUUUCUCCAACUUCUGAAUGCAGAUAAGAAGUUGGUUUUAGAAAUGCAGAGCACAUGAUUAGACACCCUGACUUGGGAUGGAUCUCUUAGUUCAGCAGCUGUCCCGGUCACUUCGCUCCUACUGCCAUCAACAACUCCUUUCAUAAUUGUUUUUGGGGGACUUGAAAAUGUUGUUGAAGUCGAACUUCUCUCACCAAUUCGAUAAGUUAUUGACUAAUAAACUAUUCUCAUGAUAUCAGAUAUUACAUGACAAAGCAGAAAAGCUUCGCAGCCUUGCAAGUUCUUCAGUUUGUUCUACACCUUUGCUGAUCUCUGUGCUUCCAUUCUGAUCCCAAAAGAUACACCAUCCUUUACCUUCCAAAGAACUAUGUUUUGCACCCAUUCCUCCACCAUGGCAAGCAUCCAACUAAGGACCCUGUCUUUUAUUUACUUUUUUUGGUCAUGAAUGUCAAUCAAUUUCAUUUUGUACUGUGGAAUGUUAAUGCAACUUUUGUAAUUGAUUUCGGAUUUGGAAAUUCUCUUAAAAGCCAAUUAAAAUUUA